AUGGUGAAACAAAUUUACAAAAUCCCGAUGCCUUUUUCGAUGGAAGAGUACAAUCUCGCCCAGCAUUAUGUAACCAUGGUGGAGAAAAUUGCACCAAGUGACCCAGACUCCGAGCUUAUCACCAUGGAAGAAUAUGACGAAAACUCAGAACACGCGAAAGAAACCGACGGAAAAGCCGGCCUUUACGUUCAUCGUCGAUUUCACAUGGAAAAGAAGAUGCCGGGCGUUAUCACGAUGAUGGCGCCAAAAGGAUCGAUGGAGACAGACAUUUACUCCUGGGUGGCGUUUCCGAUGAGCAAGUCGUUGGUGAAAGUUCCGUACAUGAAGGAAAAGUUCAAGAUCGAAAUCAAAAGUGUCCAAAAAGCGGAUCUUGGCGAGUCGGAAAACGUUUUUGAGCUCAGCGCGGAGGAUCAAAAGGCUAUCAAGAGCUCGUUCAUUGACAUCACUACCAAACCAGAUUCAACACAGGAAAAGAAGCACCUCCUUCCCGCUGAAUACAAGCACUCCAACGGCAAAGCCCCACUUUCUAAGACCUGGCUCAAAGAUGCUCAAGAUCGAAAAGAAAGCAACUACAUGACGAGCUACAAUCUGGUAGACUCAACCUUCAACGUUUGGGGACUCCAGGGAAAAGUCGAAAAGUCCAUUUGCGGCAGUCAAGAAAAAAUCUUCCACUCGCUGCAUCGAGAGAUGUUCUGUUACAUGGGAGAGCACGACAAGAUGCCUGGAUGGUAUGGGAAAUCGAUGGAGGAAAUAAAAGCGCUGAAAGCUCCAUAA